AGUACAUAUAUUUUCAGUAUUGACUAUCAUGCCUCAUUGUUUUUAAUCUGGUCACAUCCGAUGGCAGCGAUUUUACGUAAAACCCCAAUUCUUGCGGGAAGCCUGCAUAGGACUUUUGCCUCCGCCGCCAAGGCCGCAAAAGCAAAACCCGUCAAAACCGGCUCCAUUUCAGCUGUCGGCGAGUCCAUCGCCGCCAAGGGCUUCCUGCGUCCCCAUAAGCCGUACUCUCCACCUGCAGAUGCCGCCGAACGUAUCCGCUCCGUAGCCGCCUCGCUUCAACUGAAAUCCGAUCAGCUGGGGAAUCUCGCCGAGAAAUUCGAAUUCCUGAACGCGUGCUUUCAGGAGCUGCAGCACGGAGUGCCAAACUCCCAGGUACAUGAACUGCGCACCGUCAGCGAUGUUAUCGCUUUCUACCAAACAUCUGUGGACACCACCGUGCCGUUUGAUGCACUGAAGCGCAUCGAGCUGCCGGAGAAUUUGCACAUCCAGUACGAGUACGUGCGAUUCCAUCCCGAGACAGAUACCAAAUUCGACGGCAAAACGGCUUUCCCCAGAAGCUCCACCCUGGUCACCGGUCUCAAGUACCGUGGCAAGUACGAGGGUCACGAAGCCAAGCGAUCAUGGCCUUAGAAACAGCCAAUUGUUAGUUGUUAAUGUCUUACACUUAUUAAACGCCUUCUGGAAACCUGA